AGAAGAACCUUAGACUAAACAAGCUCAGAUUUCAUAAGUCAACGGGCAAACGCACAAGACUCGAAGACAAGGUUCCUAUGGUUAUGUUUCGUUGAGCUGCUCCUCAGUUGAAGACUUGAAGUAUCACUCUUCCUUAAGGUGUUCACAUUAUUCGUGUGUCCCACCACCCCUCUAAAAAUAUCUCUCUCUCUCUCACCCUCUGUCAUUUUGUUCUUUUCCAAUCUCCAACAUCAUUGUCCCAGCACACGAACUCCCCCACCGCGCUAACACGCGAACGUUCAUCGGGGACGAUGAAAUUCUUGGGCACCUCAUGGUCCAUAGACAUUCCCAAAACCUCUUCAUUUGUUAAAGUCACGGCCCUUGCACUCUUCUCCCUCGCCCUCCUCAUCCUCUUCACCCGUUACUCCACCACCUACUUUUUCCUCCCCUUCUCCUCCGAUGCCGCUGUCUCCGUCAAUGCCUCAUCUUCUGCUGUCGUGGUUCCCUCUCCUUCUCCACCACCACCACCGAACAUCAUCCUUACUCCUCCGUCGCCCUCCCCAGUGGUGGAGACGACGGGUCUGCUGGACGAAGACGGCAUAAUGACAGACAAUUUCACCGUCGGCGACUCUUCGGAUUUGCGCUUGCCAGAGGAUUUUGGGAACUCCAGCUAUUUGCGAGGGGCGAGCGAACGUGAGCGUGUUGGCGGCGGGGCCCGUGCAAGGUUGUCAGUGGAGAGCUACAAGGUGUGCGAUCAGCGAAUGGUGAAUUAUGUGCCGUGUUUGGACCGCACGAGUGCUAUUGCGAAGAUGAGUUCGAGCGAGAAAGGGGAGAAGUACGAGCGGCACUGCGCGGCCGAAGGGAAGGGGUUGAAUUGCUUGGUGCCUAGGCCAAAAGGGUACCGAAGGCCCAUCCUUUGGCCCAGGAGUAGAGAUGAGGUUUGGUUUGAUAAUAUACCCCAUAUGCGUCUUGUUGAAUAUAAAGCUGGCCAGAAUUUGAUAUCAGUAAAGAAGGAUAAAUUUGUGUUUCCUAGCGAUGGACUACAAUUUAUACAUGGUGCUGACAAAUAUCUGGAUCAAAUUUCAGCGAUGGUUCCUGAUAUUGCAUUUGGUUACAACACUAGAGUUGCUUUAGACAUUGGCUGUGGGGUGGCAAGUUUUGGUGCAUUUUUGAUGCAACGUAAUGUGACCACUCUUUCAAUAGCAACUAAAGAUAUUCAUGAAAAUCAGAUUCAGUUUGCCCUAGAGCGCGGUGUGCCUGCCAUGGUAGCAGUUUUUGCUACUCACCGCAUGUUGUUCCCUACCCAGGCUUUUGACCUGAUCCAUUGUUCAAGAUGUAAAGUGAACUUUACCUGUGAUGAUGGAAUUUUGCUUCUUGAGGUCGAUAGGCUUCUAAGGGCAGGUGGCUACUUCGUCUGGGCAGCACAACCUGUUUUCAAACAUGAAGAGAUCCUUCAAGAACAAUGGAAAGAAAUUGAGGACCUGGCAAGUUCCAUAUGUUGGAAACUUGUAAAGAAGGAGGGAUACAUUGCUAUAUGGCAGAAACCUAUGAACAAUAGCUGCUACCAUAGCCGUGACAAUGCUGUUCAUCCUCCUUUGUGUGAAUCCAAUGAUGAUCCAGAUGAUGUUUGGUAUGUUGGUCUGAAGUCAUGCAUCACUCAGUUACCUAGUAAUGGAUACGGAGCGAAUGUUUCUAAGUGGCCUGCAAGACUUCAUCAACCACCAGACAGACUUCAAAGCAUCAAACACGAUGCGUCUUUAUCCAGAAAAGAACUUUUUCAUGCCGAAUCAAAGUAUUGGAAUGAAAUAAUUGAUAGUUAUGUCCGUGUUUUUCUAUGGAAGGAGUACAAUCUAAGAAAUGUAAUGGAUAUGAGAGCAGGAUUUGGAGGGUUUGCUGCAGCAUUGCAUGAUCUCCAGAUUGACUGUUGGGUUAUCAAUGUUGUUCCUGUGAACGGAUUCAAUACUUUGCCUAUUUUAUAUGACCGUGGACUAAUUGGAGUUAUGCAUGAUUGGUGUGAGCCGUUUGAUACAUACCCACGAACAUAUGAUUUGCUGCAUGCAUCGGGUCUCUUUUCUAUUGAAAAGAACAGGAAAAAGUGUAAUAUGUCAACCAUCAUGCUAGAGAUGGAUCGGAUGCUAAGACCAGGUGGGCAUGUAUAUAUACGUGACACAGUACAUGUUAUUAAUGAACUUGAUGAAAUUGCAACUGCCAUGGGAUGGAUGAAUGUGCAGAAUGACGUAGGCGAAGGUCCUAAUACAAGUUGGAGGAUAUUAAGGUCUGAGAAGCACUUUUGACUAAUCAAUUGGCUUCUGCAGUUGCAACGAGAAAUAUCGCUGCAACUAACCCAUGCAUUCUUCCUCAAAAGCAGGUAAAUCUUUAGAAAUCAUAAAUCUUUACUAGCCGCUAUUCUUGUAAAUAUGUACUUUAAAUGUUCGUUGUCCUGUGGUCAGUCUCUAUGGCAGCAGAGAUGUUCUGUUAAUUUAAUUCUGUCUCAUGUGAUGUAUCCUAUAACUGUUGUAAAUGAAAAUAGCAAAUCUGUCAAUAUCUCAAGUGUCAACAGAUAUGUUAAAAUGAUGAUGAUGAUGUCUAA